GUCAUUCAUCCUCAUCCAAAUAUAAAGGUCAACCGAUUCUUCGCUGAUACUUAAUACCAGUCACUGUCUAGCAGCCUAACAUAUCUGUAGCAGUAUCUUCUAGUGUAUGUUGUCAUGCGCGAUUCCUCUCCUGAAAUAGCUGAUGCAGCAUCGGCAUGCGUCUUGCAUUAACCUAUGCACAUGUGCUAUGCACCAUUUUACUUUUUUUUAUGUGUUUAGCCUUCAAUGCUUGCAGAGCAGAGUGGCUUCUCUCUUGAAUGCAAGCUUUCUCAUUUUCCAUAUUCCUAGUCUCGUUGAUGAUUGCUCCUCUUCCUUGAUAGCCUGGGUCUUUGUGCAAGCUACAGUGAAGUGAUUGGUUGCAGAAUCUGGUUUUGCUGCCACACUUGGCUGUGGUAACUGUGUUACGUUUCUCAGAUGUGGGGGCCUGGUCAGUUGCAUUGGUAAGCAGUCCCUCGAGGUAAGCAUUUGCUCCUGCAGUCCGCAAAGCGACAUAGACUCCCACUAUACACACACCGUAACUGGUGCGCCCCGUUCGUUUUGGCCUGCUGCAGUAAUGGGCAAAUUGUGCUUGUGGCUUACCUCGGCCAUGAUUUGCUCAAAACGGAGACCAGCAUAUGUGCUCCCAUGGUUCGAAGUGUAUGAAGUUGAUAGCCGUAUGGGUGGAAAGGCCCGCAAGAAUGGCUGCCGAAGGUGAUGCCCACAAAAGCGACUUGUCCACAUUGCGACAAAGUGUGAGCCACAUAUAGCAGCCCCCGAAAGAAAAUAAAUGUGCUCGUUGGAAAGGAGUUAACGCUAAAAUGCCGGGUAGUCCAUGUCGCUGUGUUGGUUGCGGCAGCAGAUGCCUGCGUCACCUGAUUGCUUCGCAAUGGAAGUUGCUCAUCUUCAACGGCAACUGUUGGUUCAAACAGGUGCGAGACUCUGUCCAAUCUGUUUGUACCGCAGGUUGUCGCUCGUUACCAGACCACCACAUGUGACAAAGGCAAGCAUUAUGCCGUAAGAUGGUUCGUAGCCAAUGUAUAAUGUAUUGUCUGAACCUCAUGCGGUGACUGAUUGCUGUUUAAUCUUGCUGUUAUGCCACUUGGUUACGGUCGCAGUUUUAUGUUUUUCGAAUAUUGCGGCCUGGUCGGUUGCACUGGGAAGCAGCCUCUCGUAGUAAGCAUUUGAUCCUGCAGUCUGCACAGCGACAUAGACUCCCAAUUUACGCACACCGUGAUUCGUGCUCCCCGUUCACCCUUUCCUGCUGCAGCCAUGGGCAAAUUGUGCCUCUGGCCUUUCUCGGCCGCGAUUAGGCAUGAACGGAGACCAGCAUAAGUGCUUACAUGGUCGGACGUGUAUGAAGUUGGGUGGAAAGGCCCGUAAAAGUGGCUGAUCAAGGUGAUGCCCACGAAAGCGACUUGUCCAUAUUGAGACAAUGUGGGACACCAAGUGUGAGCCACACACUAGCGGCCUCCAAAAGAAAAGAAACAUGCAGGCUGGAAAGGAGUCAAUGCUAAAAUGAUGGGUAGUCCAUGUCGCUGUGUAGGCUGCGGCAGCAGAUGCCUGCGUCACUUGAUUGCUUUGCACUGCAAGUUGCUCAUCUUUAACAGCGACUGUCGCCGCAAACAGGUGGGACACUCUGUCCAAUCUGUUUCUGCUGCUGGUUGUUGCUCGUUAGUAGACCACCACGUGCGACGAAGGCAGGCACUACGCCUGUAGGUAGGCAGCUCAAUGUACCCUAAGAGACCCGUGUAUGUGAAUGCUCACUGUUGCCAUAUGGUUCGUCGCCAGUGUAUAAUGCAUUGUCUGAACCUCAUGCGGUGACUGAUUGCUGUUUAAUUUUGCUGUUAUGUCACUUGGUUAUGGUCGCAGUGUUAUGUUUUUAGAAUAUUGCGGCCUGGUCGGUUGCACUGGGAAGCAGUCUCUCGAAGUAAGCAUUCGCUCCUGCAGCCUGCACAGCGACAUAGACUCCCAAUUUUCAUGCACCGUGAUUCGUGCUCCCCGUUCGCGCUUUCCUGCUGCAGCAAUGGGCAUAUUGUGCCUCUGGCCUUUCUCGGCCGCGAUUAGGCAUGAACGGAGACCAGCAUACGUGCUUACAUAGUCCGAUGCGUAUGAAGUUGAUAGCCAGAUGGUUGGAAAGGCCCGCAAAAGUAGCUGAUGGAGGCGAUGCCCACGAAAGCGACUUGUCCAUAGUGAGACAAUGUGAGACAGCAAGUGUGAGCCACACAUUAGCGGCCCCCGAAAGAAAAGAAACGUGCAGGUUGGAAAGGAGUGAAUGGCUAAAAUCUGGGGUAGCCCAUGUCGCUGUGUAGGCUGCGGUAGCAGAUGCCUGCGUCUCCCGAUUGCAUUUUUAACGGCGACUGUCGCUGCGAACAAGUGGCACACUCUGUCCAAUAUGUUUCCGCUGCUGGUUGUUGCUCGUUAACCUGACCACCACGUGCGACGACGACGGUGAGCCGUUUACGAGCUCGCGUCAAUGAUUCCAGCGUAUCUCGACAUGCAAACUUUAUUUCUGCUAUUGCACGAGAAUGUACACUGCUUGUCUUCUGCCAAUAAAGUCGCGCGUUCUGUUCACUCACUUGUGGCUUGUUUGUAUGGGCGUCAGUAGAGGCUCUUGGCAAUUAGAACGCACCACCUACGCGGCAGCGAAGGCAUUGAGGCAUGCCGCAUAGCCUGCAGGGCAAGCACGGCGCGUACCAGCGUACGCGACCGGCAAAAAACGGCCAUAUUGAAUUUUGCUCUAAAAAAAAAAAUGUGCACUUCCGCUUCCGGUUUGAGCGACGUCAUCUGGCGUCCCCCAAAGUAAGUUCCAUGCGCUGCCGCUGCUUAUUUUCGAACCACGGCGGAAGGUACAGUUUCCCUUCUCUAAGUUUGUUCUUUAUUCUAUGGGGCCACACGGAACGGGUCCGCAGGGCGAGGAGGAAGGCGCGCUCGCGCCUAGUGAAGCCGGCCUUCGGGAGAUGGCGUGGCGGGCAUCCCCGCGCUAGGGUGCCUCGAUGUCCUCCUCGCCCGCCGCUCCGUUCAGGGUGGAGACAUCCUUUGACGGCGCCGGUGCCGCCAGAACCGGUUCGUUCUAGCCACCGCCGCCAUGUUCAUGCCCGCCGCGCGCGCUGCACGGAGCAGGUGGUAGGACGUUGCUGCGACGAGUUCGCUGGGUGUCGUCGGCACAAAAUGCCCGGCUGCUGCGUGCCGUUGUGCAGUAAUCACUCGAGGAAUGGUUGGCGAAUGUUUCAGUUCCCAAGAGAUACAAAAAGAAGAAUUUUGUGGACUGCAAGGAUCAAGCGGGACAAAUGGCAGCCCACGAACACCUCGUGCAUAUGCAGUGCUCAUUUCGAAGAGGACAGCUUCGAGCAAAACAGAGCAGACGGAUGGAAAAAACUAAAGCCAAAUGCGGUGCCGACAGUGUUUUCCUUCAGACCUUUGCCUCGUCACAGAAAGGCACCAAAGGAUAGGACCGGACCCGCUGUCCUCUCGGCCCUACUUGAAGAUCAACACGACAUAGCCACUGAUGAUCAUGAAGCUGCGAUGGACCCAAUGUCGUCACCAGGCAGGUUUGAGCUGACUCAAGGACAGAAUUGCAGCCCACACGACGCCAGCUCAAGUGCACUGGUAACAGACGAAGCAGGUCUGCAAGUCUCAGCCAGUGGAAUGAAUGCCGGGGCCUCUGACCUGCAGUCUGCUUGUACCUCUUGCGCAGAAUUAAGUAAGCAGCUCGCAGACCUGACACGAAAAUACUGCGAACUUCAAGAAUUGCAUACCCAGGCAAACUCAACAAUCCAAGGUCUCCGAAAAAAAGUUAAGAAGCUCGAAGGUAACAUUGAAACAUUCGGAAAGAACAUCAAGUUCCUUAACGAAGACCAAAUACAGGCACUGUCGCGCAAUAGCAACAAAGGGAGUACUUGGUCUCCGCAAAGUGUUAAGCAAGCACUUCAAAUUAAAUUUUCAUGCGGGACGUCCGGCUAUGAAACCUUAAGGAAACUCGGGUACCCGCUGCCAACUAACAGAACUCUGGCGCGUCGCCUACAGGCACUCAGUUUUCUGCCCGGUAUCCUGACUGACGUGAUCGACCUGCUAAAAACGAAAGCGGAGGGUAUGCAAGACAUUGAAAAAGACUGUGUUCUGCUACUAGACGAGAUGGAGAUUGCCAGGGGCUAUGAGCUUGAUCGCGCUGAAGAUGUUGUUCUUGGGGGAACAACUUUACCUGCAAAGCCGGAUGAACCUGCCCACCAUGCCUUGGUGUUCAUGAUAGGGGGUCUUAACCGGCGGUGGAAACAAGUGAUUGCCUAUCACUUUACUGAAAGGAGCAUAGACGGCCUUAUUCUCAAAGACUACAUAUUGAAUAUCGUGAAAGUUUGCGCAGAUAUCUCCCUGAGGAUCCGCGUCGUCACUUCGGAUAUGGGUUCUUCCAACAGGGCAAUGUGGCGUGAAUUUCGCUUCUCUAGCCACAGGAACUCCAACACCAUAUGCUCGAUACCACAUCCUUGUCUAGAAGACAAAGAACUCUUCUUCACUGCAGAUGCUGCACACGUACUUAAGAAUAUCAGGGGCCAACUUUUGAGUUCUGUCGUUUUCACCAUUAGUGAUGCAACCAAGUGUCAACAUGACCUACCCUCAAGGGAAGUAAAACUUGAGCACGUGCGCGCAGUGGUAGACUUUGACAAAAAACGGGAGCUGAAAGUCGCGCCAAAGCUCUCGGACAUCCACGUGUCGAACGGGCAUUUUACGAAGAUGAAGGUGGGAGUGGCCGUUCAGUUUUUUCGAGAAGCUCCUGCCGGGAUUCGGUACUUGAUAAAGCAGAAGAUCUUGGAUCCGGAGGCGGAAACUACAGCGUGGUUUUUAGAGCUUGUCUUUAAGUGGUAUGCUCUUAUGUCAUCACGACACCCAUCAACUGCCUUGAGUCUUGAACACAUGGACAAAUAUCACGCAGCCAUAGACGUAUUGUGCUUGGCGUCUGAGACCAUUCGGGGAACAAACAUGGGGAGCACAUCCCAAUGGAAGCCCUCACAGGCGGGUUUCUUGAUAGCCACAUCUGUGAUCAUUCGCCUGCAGGAUGUCCUUCUAAGAAGUGAAGGCUACAAGUUCUUCCUCACGAGCCGAUUGCUCCAGGACUGCUUGGAAAAUCUAUUUUCGGUUAUACGUCUCAGGAAGCCUGUUCCAAGCGCCUACGAUGUGAAGUGUGCGUUGAAGCUUGUUUGUGUCAGCCAAUUCUUCCACACACCGUCAACGACUAGCUACGAUGUCGAUGACGCACAGUACCUGAUCGACCUGCUGUCGGCAGGUAUGCAAGAACAAACGGCAGCCGAGAUUGAAGCUAUCGAUGACUCGGAGAUCCCCUUUGUCGAAGAGGUAACAUCAGCUGAGUGCGAGAUUUUGUUUCAUAUCGGUGGGUUUCUUAUAAAAGGGAUCCUCAAAUCUAUUGGCCACUGCGAGCAGUGCAAGCCCGCAUUGUUAGGCUCAAGCAGCAGUGAGCAUGCGUACUUGACGUCCCUCAAGGAAUACGUCUCUGAAGGCAGCAACCUUCAUUACCCAAGCGAUGCAGUCAUGCUGGUUCUUAAAUCUUGCGAGGAACAUUUUAAUGGUAUCACCGCCUGGACGGAAAGCGUUUUCACCAUGAAAUCUCCUUUGAAGGCUGUAACCGCAUACUUGACAAAGAUGUUGCGGUGGGGCGUAACGUGCGCCUGUCAGGAACACAAAGAAACAGUGGAAAAGCUCCUUGUGUCAAACUACGCGAGACUGAGGCUGCGUGUGCACCUGCGUCAAGCCGCGGCAACGGGACUUGACGGGCAUGCAAGCAAGACGUGUGCAGGAGUGAGCCUACAGUGAACACUGAAAUUAAAUUUUAAUGCAUAUCGCCAGAAUUCAAAAACUUUCGUUUCAUUUGUGUUACUCUUUUAAUAUAGUUUUCAUUCAUGUGUUUAUUCUUACUUUGCUGUGCGUGCUGAUUUUUCACCUUAUGUCUGUACAAGGUAUCCGCUUUUUUUCCAACUUAUCAAACUGAGCUGCAAGCUGACAUUCUAAUUUAUUUUGUUCAAGUUAAUUCAAGGCUUCAUUGUAGUUUCUGGUCAUUGGUCUGAGAUCUACGAAAGACCUGUGGCAAUUGACACCUCCUGACAGCUGACAUAAUAAAAACCUGCAUGGCGACCCAAACAUCGUGACCGAAA